AAUCGAACCUGGUAAAAACAUGUCUGCUUGUUGAUGAUAGAGAUAUAAACACAAAUAUAAGAAUAAUUAUGAAACUGCUACGGAUUUUAAGCUGUGCCACAAAUAGAGUGAUACGUAGAAGAUAUGCAACCAAUAUUCUUUCGGGGAAAACUGUGCGAAUUGGCUGUGCUUCUGGAUUUUGGGGCGAUACUGCUGUUGCAGCUCCCCAAUUGAUCUAUGGUGGCAAUGUGGACUUCCUUGUGUUUGACUAUCUUAGUGAGAUCACAAUGUCUCUCCUCACUGCUGCAAAGACCAAAGUGCCAGAGUUAGGAUUUGCUCCAGACUUUGUGCAGGUUGCCAUUGCACCAUUCAUCAAGGACAUCAAGUCUAAAGGUAUCAGGGUUAUCAGCAAUGCUGGUGGUGUGAAUCCUCUAAGUUGUGCUGCUGCACUGAAGAAAGUUGCUCAUGCUAAUGACAUACAGUUGAAGAUAGCAGUAGUGACAGGAGAUGAACUCAUGCCAAAGAAAGAAGAAUUGGCAAAAGCAGGUGUGGUGGAUAUGACAUCUGGGAAACCAUUCCCUCAAACUAUACACAGCAUGAAUGCAUACCUGGGAGCUGGUCCUAUAGCUAGAGCUCUGGAUCUGGGGGCUGACAUUGUAAUCACUGGUAGAUGUGUGGACAGUGCAAUUGUCCUAGGACCUCUACUACACACGUUUAAAUGGCCACGUGAUGACUAUGAUCUCCUAGCUGCAGGAAGUCUUGCUGGGCACAUAGUCGAGUGUGGGGCCCAGGCCACAGGAGGUAUCUUCACAGAUUGGGACAAGAUAGAGGGCUGGGAUAAUAUAGGAUUCCCUAUAGUGGAGUGUGGCAGCAAUGGUAGCUUUGUUGUCUCUAAGCCUGCUAAGACUGGUGGCCUUGUCUCCAAACCAGUUGUCUCUGAACAACUUGUAUAUGAGAUAGGUGAUCCCACAAGCUACAUGCUGCCUGAUGUUACAUGUGACUUCUCUAAUGUAAACAUCACAGAACUACCAGGGCAUGAUGGUGGUGCAGUGUUUGUCUCAGGUGCAAGAGGAACUGCUCCCUCAGACUCUUAUAAGGUUAGCGCCACCUAUGCAUCAGGCUAUAGGGCCACUGGGGUGGCAUGUGUUGGGGGCCCAAGAGCCGCAGAGAAAGCACGGAAGACAGCAAAGGCAAUAAUCAAAAGGACAAGUAAGAUGAUAAAGGCACUGGGCAUGGAGGACUACACAGCAGUGAACAUACAAGUGCUGGGAUCAGAGGAGACAUAUGGCACACAUGCAACACCUGGUCCUGGUCCUAGAGAAGCAGUAUUAUGGCUAGCAGUGACCCACAAACAGAAGAAAGCCUUGGAGGUAUUUGCAAGAGAAAUAGCCCCGGCUGGAACUGGGAUGGCUCCAGGAAUGACUGGCUUGGCUGGAGGGAGGCCGAAAGCCUCUCCUGUUCUCAAACUGUUCUCAUACCUCUACCCCAAGAAGGACACCAAGAUUGACAUACAUAUGGAUGGAGAUCAUGUAGAGUCAUAUGAGUGUCCAGACACAUCAUAUUCAGUCUCACCAUCAAAAUAUACGGAUUCAUGGACACACAUUCCAAACCUUGCUAAAGGAAGUCAUUCAUACAGACUUGAGGAACUUGCCUACACGAGAAGUGGUGAUAAAGGGAAUAUGUGCAAUAUAGGUGUAAUAGCAAGACAUCCCAAGUUGUUACCAUACUUACACAAUGCACUCACGACUGAUGCAAUAGAGAAAUAUUUUGCUCAUGUAUUUGAUGAUCAAACCAGUGGAGUACCAAAUGUUCAAAGAUAUGAGUUACCUGGUCUCGAUGCAUUUAACUUUGUAUUAAACAAUGCUCUUGGAGGAGGGGGGAUAGCUUCUCUACGCAGUGACCCUCAGGGAAAGGCUUUUGGUCAAAUGCUGCUUGAUUUUGAAAUCCACGAUAUGCCAUCUAUUGAGGAAUUAACUAACUAAAUCUGCAGUGCAAGAGGUAAUGUCAUCUAUUGUUGAACACUCAGAACAACCAUGGCAAAAUCAGUUACAGCAGUUACAGUUACAGCGUCUGAUAUUAAAGAGUCAUGACAUAUAUAAACAUUUCAAUCAAAGCAACAUACAACAUGGUGUAAGCAACCCUCAAAUCAUAGGGCAUGCAACAUUUUGUAUCAAGGUGCAUGUAACCUUGAGCAUCAUUGCGCCGCAAGCAACCUUUCAAAAGCAUUUAAUAAGUACAUAGUGCAUGGUGCAGGCAGUAUAAUACAAGCAACAUUUAGCAAGAUUGUUACAGACAACAUUUAGUAAUGUGAUGUCCAUAAUUGCAAUAAAAGGUCCAAUGGAUGAUGAUUUGGAUUAUAUAUUUAUACAUGUAUAUUUCAUGGAAUUAUGUUUGAUCUUAAUAGAAUUUUAUAUAAAAAGUUAAGUUUUGAUUAUGGUCGAUCUCAGGAAAAAGUAUUACAUGUAUAUAUAUUUCUACAAGCCAGGUCAGUGACAUUUUUGGCCUGACCCCUUUUUGCUCUGAAUUAUGGUGGAAGACAAUAUAAAGAGAAUGAGAUUAAAUGGCAUCUUUAUCCAUCAUGUAUCAUUACGACUGACGAAAUACAAUGGCUUAACAGUAUAGUGAAGAAUUGAAUUGGACUGAUGAUUCAGAAUUUUUGAAGAGUAACAUUCCUAAAAUAUGAAUAUUUGAGGUAAUGCUAAAUUCAUCAACUGGAUUUUGAUGACUUGUUAAGUUUGAAUUACC